AUGAAGGUGGUUGAAUCUGGAAUCCCCAUGGAAAGAGUGGCCACUGGUAUUUUAGGAGAAUUGCCAAGGACGGAUCAGGGUAAUCGGUAUACGUGUAUAUUGGUAGUGUACGACUACUUUACCAAGUGGACGGAGAGUUUCGCCACGCCCAACAUGGAGGCCCAACCUGUUGCUAAAAUAUUGGUGGAGGAAGUCUUUGCAAAAUUUGGAUUGUCUAGAAUACUUCAUUCGGACCAGGGCAGACAAUAUGAAAGCCAUUUGUUCAAAGAACCUUGUGCCCUUUUACAUAUUGAGAAAACCAGAACAUCACCUUACCACCCACAAACCGACGGGAUGGUAGAGCGGUUUAAUGAAACCCUUGCCACUAUGCUUAGUGCAUACGUGAACGAUCAUCAAACAAAUUGGGAUGAAUUUCUCCCACAUGUAAUGCAGGCCUAUCGAUCAGCAGUUCACAAGACCACUGGCUGUACCCCUAACUUUCUAAUGUUAGGUAGAGAGACAUCUACACCCCUGGAUCUCAUGUACGAAUUACCGGGAGAGUUGAAAGUCACUCCUCAAAACCAAUGGGUUUGGGAGUUACAGGAACGCCUAGAAAAAGCUCUCAAAAUUGUUACGAUGCCAAAGACAAAGAUUACUGUAAACAAGGGCAGAAAAUGUCCAUUCUGUUAUUACCGGUUUAUUAGAGAUGAAGAAUUAGCAAAACACAUUGCUGAAUGUAGUAAGGGACUUCUAUUCUGCAUAAACUGCAAUUUCAGCUCUACGACUCCCAAGAAUCUGAGAAGACAUCUCAAGAGACAGCAUGAUAUUGGUGAAGACAAUGGUAGUGAGGUAGGAGCAGUUCGAAGUAAAGCUCCCUGUGAAAGUCACGAGUCUGAUACAGAAUCUUGGGUCAGACAGGAUCCUGGAGAUCUUCAAGGAGUGCUUCCCGAAGAUAUAAGUGAUAGUGAGAGUGACAAUGGAGACAUGGGUGAAGAAAAGAGUAAGAAGACACCUCCGAGUAAUGGUGAUUCGCAGAUUGAAGAAGGUAGACUCUUCCAGAAACCAACUAGGUCCAUCCCUGUUUUGUCCCUGCCAAGCUGCUGCUGUUGUAGACGCUGUGUCUUGUGA